CACAUGAGCAACAAGAGGCCCACGGAGGGGCAGAAGUAGAGUGUACGAGGAGCAGCGGCAGAUUGUGUGCAUCCCUGUGACUCUUGAAGAGGUCACCAUGGAUGCAAGCUUGCCUUCUGUUUGGAGUUCCCAUGAGUAAGUGUUCAUGGGGUUGCCUUGACAUGGCCACCGGACCGGCGACGGAGGAGGUGCGAUCUGCUGGCGGCUGGUCGAGCGGCUACAAGGGGUUCCCUUUGUCGUAGAACGCGCGAGUAGCCGCUGUUGCAGUGCUGUUUCGUGAGCUUUGACGGAGAGUGGAGUUUGGUGCUCAAGUGUUCGACCGAUUGACCCCUAACUAGCAAACUACGAAUCCCAAAACCUGUUAGAAUUAUGCUGGCAUUAGCCGUGUGAUGCCAACCGAUCAUGGAGGACCUCAAGCACAAGCUUCUGCUUGCCACCAUGGAACUGGAAACGCAGCGGGCCAAUGCCAAGGAAGAGAUGAGAAAGAGAGAGGAAGAUAUCGGUCACUUGAUCCACCUCCUUCAGGUGAUCACCAGAGAAAGAGAUGCAGCAAGGAAUCAGCUGCAGCUUCUGCUCGACAGCAUCACGCGGCCUCACACCGCGGAGCUCUCUCCGAUGCUAUCCGGCACUCUCCAAGAGGCAGCAACGGCAUCCGAUAGCCUCUCAGGAACUCCCACCCAUCGUUCCUAUGGCGCGUCCCCUGUUGCUUCUCCAGAACUGUCGAGCAUGAAGAUGGCCGAUCCUUCCAACAUGCCGAAGAACAAUGGGGAAGCACUGAGAGCGAAGGAAGCUUCUGCGGUAAUCGACGGCCUUGUCAUAAAGAAACCACUGCCGGAGAAAGGGAAGCUGUUGCAGGCCGUUCUGGAAGCAGGUCCUACGCUGCAGACGCUUCUCUUGGCAGGGCCACUCCCUCGGUGGCGCAACCCUCCGCCACCCCAGCCAUUUCAAGUACCCCCGGUGGGUGUCAGUGCCCACAAAGCUUCGUCACCCAACCCGAGAAUCGCACCUGCCGUCGGCUUGUGCACGAUCAAGAGACCACUGACCUCGCCAUGCAUGAGCAACUACGGCAACCUGGUGCUGAAGAGACAGAAGACUCGGUUCACCGGGGGGUACUGCACGAUGUGAAGGAGACGGUCUUCUUCCGAUUAGGAAUUCUGUAUCUUGACAUGUUCAUAAUGCAUGUAAAUAGCACGAGUUAUUACAGGUGAAUCGAGUCGUGCUGUAAAGCUGCCCUGUUCUUUCA